AUGAGCUCUUCCGUGAAGAUUUUUGCACCAAAUGUUAUUGAUAUCACACUUGUAGAUCUCCCAGGCAUUCCAAAGGUUCCUGUUGUACGGGGUGAUUCAGAUUGGGCUAACUCAGAACCAAAUGCUCUUCAGAUGGCACGCAUUGCUGAUCCUGAUGGUAUAGAUCUAUCUGUGCAUGACAAUUCUCCUCGCAACUCGGGGAUCCCCGCAGGGACUGCCCCAUUCGGGGCCGUCGAUCGGGGAAAAAUUCCCUGCUGGGACGGGAAUCGGGAUGAAAAACCUCCCGCAGCUAAUUUGGAUAUUCGAAUGAACCGGAGUGUGAAGGAUGCACUUGCUUAUGAAGUUGAAUUUUUUCUCAGUCACCCUGUAUACAGCGGUCUAAGAGAUAGAUGUGGUCUUACUGAACUAGAAAAGAAGUUGAACCGGAUUCUAGCACAACUUAUAAAGGAUGUGCUACCUGGGCUGAGAGCACGUAUAAGCACUUUACUAGUUGCUGUCACGAAGAAGUAUGCAAGCUAUGGAGAGAUCACUGGGAGGGAGCAAGACUGGUCCAGAAUUAGAUGGGCAUUGAAAAGAAGGAUGAUAAAGAAGGAAACACUGGAAUACACAAGUAGAUGUUCUGCUGAAGCUAAGAAAAUGUUGGAGGAUGUCCAGCUAGCAGAUCAUGAAAUUGACAUCAUGGAGAAAGAGGCAGCUGAAAUUCUCAAGGUAAUUCCUUCGUUGUGA